AUGUUGCAGUCUCCCCCGCCUCAAGGGCGCGCUCGCUCAAAUAGCUUGCAGCAAAUGUUGGAUUUGGAGAAGAAGCUCAAUUUCCGUCGAACACAUCAAGGCUCUGUGCCGCCAUCUCAGGCAUGCACUGAUACAUCCAUUCCUCCAAGUCCCGCCCAUACUCCCCGCCGAUUCGAAUUGGUGCCAAAGGAAAAGAAAGUCCCUCCGCCAGUCCGAAACUAUUCCGCUGUACCUCCGCCGCUCUUUUCAGCUCAUUCAGAUCCUGUGCGGUCAGAGUCGCCAAACAUGAUUCCUCGAAAACCCGUUGGUAAAACAGCCUCGACAGAACAUCUCAAGGAGUCGUCGACAGACAAACCCGCUCAAAAGACCGUGGCAUUUGUGUUUCCCCCAGACAUUGAGGAGAAGCGCGCUGUAUGUCAAUCGCCCACUUGGGAGGCGUACAAUCGUCAAAAGAAGGAGAGGAAGGAAGAGAAGCGAAGAGAGAUCGAAAAGAAGGAAGAAGAGAAGCGGAAAGAAAAGGAAAGAGACCAAACUAUGAGCCAGGCCCUUGAAGAAGCCUGGAAGAAUGCCCCCAAGCCCCGUGGAAGAAAGCUCAGCAAACCUCCUCCGCCUUCACCAUCCGUGCUCGCCGCUCAAGGCCGCAGCGUCACCGAGCCAGUCCAGCCCACACAAAAGCGAAGAUCGCGCUCGUCCAGUUUAUUAGGGUUCUCGAUUGGUAGAAACAACGAUGAUCCCGAAGAGCCGAAACGUAGCAGCCGAUCCAGCUCUCUCUCGUCUAUAUUCCGCAAGUCCUUUGAGAUCAAGCGGGCGUCGUUUGACGAGACUGGCCCUACUGGUUUCCUCGGGGGCGUCAAGCUUGAGAAGAAGAAGGAGGACUUCCACCAGAAAGUACUCCAGGACCAGGCCAAGGGGGACAAUAAGGUCCACCCAGCUAUGCGAAAGAGCUUUUUGGGACAUGGAUCAUUUACACCCCUCAAAGUCAGCGCCCAAAAGGAGGCGGAUGCACAGAAACGAGCAUACCCGCCCAUCUCUAUCAACACAUCCGGUAUGGGACAGGCGGCGAAACCCCAAAAGUCGCCGGGGAGAAGGGGUUCUGUGAAUAUUUACCUGUGGAGCGCUCGCGCGAGACGGAAUUCUGUCAGUAGUGACUGCGCGGUUACUGAUACUGAAGACGAGGGCGACCAAAACAAGGUGCACACGCCUGAUAGCGAGAUUCUCUACCACAAGGCUCAGGGUCUCAAUCGAAGAGGUGGUCUUUACGUCAAGAAGGACCAGAACGAAGCGGACAAGUCGUCUUCAGAAGGCAAGAAUGCCGAGAAGCAAGCAACACCACGCACUUCAAACACAAGUCUGAAGCAAAGCCAGCAGCCUGUGACAAAGAACGAUAACCCCAAGCAAGACACCAUCACAGUCUCAAGACCACCGAUAGCUUCUGCACAGCAUCCACCUAGGAGAUCAUCCGCUGCAUCCGGCCUCUCCAUCCCUCCCACGCCACCCCGAAGAAGCUCAAAGAGACGAGGCUCUCUUACCUUGUUAACCCGCCUCAACCACUCCCAGCCUUCAGAUGAACCAUCUACCGCCAAGAGUGCACCCGUGGGUAAAUCGUCAAAAGAGAAGCUGUUCAGGAAUAACCCACCGAGCAUCCGCUACGAGCAGACUCAGCCUGGUGCACGCCCCAAACCCAUCACCGCAGACCCCGAACCUGUAACCACGAAAUGGAACCUUAAGGAGGCUGCCAGGAGUGCGUUCGGUCGGGGACAUUCUGCGCAGGGAUCAGUUUCUUCGACUGCGUCAAAGUCUACCGUUGGACCUCCAGUGCCGCCAAAGAAUAACGCGCAUGGUUUGAGCACUGCCAACGCUGCACCUAUUCGCACUCAGCACGUUCAUCUCCCAUCUAAACAUCUCACCCCGCCAUCGUCCUGCUCUCCAACAGGUCGCAGACCCAUGACGAGCUCCUCCGAAUCAUCAUACUCGGAUGCCAUUCUAACCGUGUCACCUUUGAGUACACCGCGCUCAACCCCGCCUCAAUCCGAGAUGGGCCACUCUCCUCGAAUGGCAUCUUCAAAGACCGCAAACCCUAACGCGUACUGGUCCUACGCAAACUCACCUCGACUUUCUCCCAACGAGUCCACAGACGCAGACGUUGAUCCUAUCCAAGAAGCAGCCAACAGAGUCAUGGAAGCCUUUUCCAACGCCAACAUUCGCAGCCGCAGACCAACCCCUCUCUCAAGCGAUGAGCAAAGUUUUGCAUCAACACCCACACACGCUCUCAAGCACAGCAGAGGCCAUCUACGAUCCCCCACGCAGGACUCCGACUCGACAACAGCGGUAAAAACACUCCGUCGCCAGUCCAACCUAGAGCACCACCAGUACCACGGCGAGCCGAGCGCAAAGAUGUUUGUCGAGUGCUGCGCUUGCAGCCGCUACCACGACAUGCCGAGCAAGCUCUACGAAGCCAUGUCCAACCCCGACGGCGUGCUAAGCGCUGGGUCAACCGAUUUUGCAGGCAGCGUUAGCAUGACUGUAAAGUGUCCCUGGUGUAGACACGAGAUGAGCACCAAGUGCUGUGCGGGAUUCGCAGCCAUGGUGUACAUCAACGAGCGCUUCCAUUAA